AUGUCGUUCUUUAAAGUGAGCUCUAAUAUGCUGUUGACGGAGCUACCGGAAGGUGUCUUUGGAACUGUCUCCUUCGAGCGCAUUGAAAUAAUCUAUGUCCCGAACUUAGUCACCGUCCAUCCGUCAGUCAUACUUCAAUCAAGAGAUACACUCCAAUCUAUGAUGAUCACGUCUGGUCGUCUCGGCGACUUCCCUUGGAGCAUCUUACCCGAGAUGAACAGCCUGAAGAACGUCAGUGUCGAAGGCCAUUCCUUGACAUCCCUUCCAGUCCUCCAGAGCUCAACCCUCGAGGGGCUCUACCUUCAAUUGAACAGUAUAUCCGCAGUGGAAGCCGGAUGGUCCAUGCCACUCCUCAAAAAUCUCUACUUGGACGGAAAUCCCAUAACGAAGUUACCAACAGGACUACUUGAGGAAUUUGCGAACUUGGAGAACUUCUCAUGCAUGAGGUGCUCCAUGGGACCAACUAUUCAUACCGAUUCAUUGAAUUUCAAUAGUAAUGUCUUGGAAGUAUUGGACCUCGGUUACAAUGGAAUCACAUUUUUGGAACCAGGAGCCAUCACAGGUCUUGCGAGAGGCCCUCUCAUGUUUCUCAACAAUAACCUGAUCACGGAAAUUGCGGAAGAGUCAUUUCGCCCGAUGGUGGAAGUCCUAUCAAUGGGGCCUGGAGUCAUCAUUCUAUCUGCCGCUAAGGGAAACCUCCACGAAUGCCUGUCCUAUCGCAACACGAGCUUGUUUUGA